AUGUCGAUUGAGUGGGGCCUUCCUACUGUUUGUGAUAUCUUGAAGGGGGCAGUUAUUUUGAUCAAGCGUCCAGUGAAAUACGCGAUGUCCUCCAAGAGCUUCGCCGACGAUCUACGGGAAGAAGUCCGGAAACUGGAGAACGAGGCUCGGAGGGUCCACGAUUUGGCACAAGUGGCCAGAAACAAUUCAAAGUGCCAACAAGGCCUUGAGGAGGCGCGAAAACUGUUGGACGACUUCGAUAAGGCGAGCAAGACUUGCUGCUACGGGACUCUUCCCGACCCCUACUGUCGCUAUCGGUUCAGCACGAAGGCCGAGGCCGAGAUCCAGGUCAUUCGGGGACUCGCUCAAGACUGCAUCAGAUUCAAGGCAUUGGACGACAUUUGCUUCAUCAAUACUGCUUCGGGAAAUGUCACUGCUCCGACUCCGGCCAGGAGAGACGGCAAAGACGCCGUCCAGUCGACCACCGCCACGGCCUCCGUUUGUUCUGCCUCGACGUCGAUUAAGCUUAGGAACGAUGACGUCUUCGAAUCCAGAGCUUUGAUGAUACGGAAGAUCAUGGACGCUCUUGCCAAUAACAGCAAUAGUGUGGUCGGGGUUUAUGGGAUGGGCGGGAUCGGCAAGUCCACCCUUUUAGUGGAUGUUGAAAGGAAAAUAAGAGAAGAGAAGUCGUUUGAUUGGGUCGCUAAGGCGGACGUGUCGGAAAAUCCAGACAUCAAGACGAUUCAAGGAGAGAUUGCGGACGCCUUGGGCCUUACUGAGAUAAAGGAGAAAGAGACUAUCAGCGGGCGAGCGAGACUUCUGCACGACAGGUUGAAAGACGAGGAGAGGGAGAAAAAGAAGGUCCUCAUAAUACUGGACAACCUGUGGGAGGGGCUCGACUUAAACAAAGUCGGCAUUCCUCGCGGACCUCACAACAAUGUCAUGGGAUGCAAAUUGUUAUUGACGUCAAGAGAUCGUGAUGUUUUGCGAAGGGAAAUGGGCUGCGACAAGGCCUUCCACCUUAGCGGGCUGAAGGAGGAAGAGGCAAAAAGAUUGUUUGAGAGGAUGGUGGGAGACAAAGUUCAUGAUGACAAGUUCAAACCCUGGGUGAAAGUAGCGCUCGACAAAUGUGCAGGUUUGGAGUUGUUUCGAGAUGUUAACAACAUGGAAGAAGCUAGAAAUAGGUUGAAAUCAGGGAUUUGUAGUCUUCAAGCCUCCUCCCUUCUAUUAGAUAAUGGAGGUGCGGAUGAUUUCAAGAUACAUGACUUGGUUCGUGACUUUGUUGCCUUGUUCGUUUUUAGAGAUCACCCUCUUCUUGUGUUGAAAGAUGAAGAUAAGUCGAUAACAGGGUUGUUGAAGGACAAGCUCAAAAGUUGUAGGGCAGUAUGCUUUCCAUACGUUGACAUGAAGGAGCUUCCCCAAGAAUUAGAUUGCCCUGAAUUGCAAAUCUUUUUGUUGUUCACAAACAAUGAAUCUCUCGAGGUCCCAUAUUCAUUAUUUCGCUCUAUGAGGAAACUCAUGGUCUUAAAUCUCACUGGGUUACGUCUCACUUGCACCCCUUUGUCGCCGUUUCAAUUCUUGGAGAAUUUACAUACUCUGUGUCUUGACAGAUGUUCAUUAGAUAAUGUAGCCAUUCUUGGCGAGCUGAAAGGGCUACAAAUUCUUAGUUUUAUGAACUCUGAUAUUUAUCAAUUGCCAAGAGAAAUUGGGCAAUUGGUAGAGCUGAGGUUGUUAGACUUGAAUCAUUGUUCACAACUUGAGAUAAUUGAACCGGGUGUGCUUCAAAGCUUGAUCAAUUUGGAGGAGUUAUACAUGCUGAAUAGCUUUGCUCAAUGGAAUGCUAUGGACCAAACUCCACCAACUAAUGCCAGUUUGAUUGAGUUGAAUCACAUGAAGAAUCUCUGCACUUUGCAUGUGUCCAUUCCUAAUCCGAGUGUGCUCCCAGAGGACCUAAACGUCGAGAAAUUAACCAAGUAUAAAAUCCAAAUAGGUAAUGUGCUGCACUCGGUGGAGUGA